AUGUCGCUUCAAAACGACUUGCCCCGAGGCUUUGUCAAGCAAGUCGUCCGACGCGCCACUGUAGUUGCCAGAGCUGCCGCCACCUCGUCCGCCUCUACGACUGCGGGCGCUCACCAGUCAAAUGUGAUCGCCAGAACGCAAACUUCGAGUCUUCAAGCACCUGUAGUCGCCAUCAUGCUUGGCGGCUUCAUCGGUGUCUUUCUGCUGUUCGUGCUUGUCGGCAUCACAUGCAAGUAUGCAAAUCGUCCGCGUUCCGAUGCCCGCCCACAGGCUCACGCCAAGGCCAUGUUCCAACCAUCAGCAGCGGGCUACGGCUCGACCGCCGGCUAUAGCACUGCUGCUCCUUCCAUGCACGACGUCUCCAACCCCAACGUUGGUCUCCUUGACUCGGUUCAGCCCAUGGGUCGUGGUGGACGCUACGAAGAAGCUGACGAUUCACUUGGCAGUUCCAACGGCAUGCUCGGCGGUAACGGUGCGCAUGGUCAGAACGGCGGCUUCGGAAUGAUCCCCAGCAACAGCGCCGGAAGCUUCAACGGCGACGAUUCGCGCCGGUUCGCUCCGUCUCGAGCCAAUGGUCACGCUCGAGGCGCCAGCAGCGGCAUCGAGCUCCCAGGUCCAGCGGCAUCAGCCGCCUUUCGACGAAACGUCAGCGGCUCGCAUCCACCUGUCCAGCCGCAUCCGGACGAGUCGUACGACUCUCCUCAGUCGGGUCACGCGCUUGCGUCCGGAUCCAUCAUGCCCGACGGCUCGGGUUUCACUCCAGGCCAAAUCUUUGACCACAACGCCAUCAACGGAGGUGCACCAAAAGUGUCUCCGGAAAUGCACGAACACCGCAGCAGCUAUCUGGGCGCACCACCUGGCGUACUCCCACGCCGCAACAGCUCGGCGCGAGAUCAACCACAGCAGCGAGCCUACCUUCGCGGUCCACCUCCGUCGAGCUCCAAGAACCGUCGUUCGCGCUACCACCAAAACCAGGCGUCCACCGACUCUUCCGCGAUGCGACGCAGCAGGAUCGACAGCGUGGGACCAGGGACCUACCGGAAAUCCAUGUUUUUGCAGGAGGGCGAGGCCUCGACGGACUUUACCGGCGGAUCGCAGAUGCGUAGGACCACGUCGAACAACAACAACGGCGGAGGCGCUCCCAAGCCGUUGCGCCGUGUAGAGAGUAUUGGUAAAGGCGAUGCGAGGAGAGCGAGUCGCUACACGCCUAGCAACGGCGCCAGUAGGAAUCCGGCUACGGUCAUGCCAGAGGGAGUGCAAAUGCCGAGUGGUCCAGCAGGGUACCGUGAUGGGAUGCCAGCGUCGAACGUCGAUGCCUAUCUGAAUGCAGGCGGGCAGGGUGGAUGGGGCGAUGGAAGGCGCUCGCCUUAUGGAGGCAGCUCCAACGGCUCGACCAGCCCGCUUGGUCCGCUGGGCCCCAACGAUCCCAUGCUCACAAUGCAGCAACAGCAGCAGCAGGGAGCUGCCAGGGCGCUGUACGGCGCAGGCUUGGGCGCACCCUCACCAGGCUCCUACGCUCCAUCGGCACCAUUAGGCGCUGGACUGGGCCGAGGGAUGGAAGCCUCUUCAUAUGCCGCAUCACGGCAGGUUUACUGA